AUGCCUUACAGCUGCUCCCUGCCCAGCCUGAGCUGCAGCUGCUUCUCCUGGCCCUGUGUGCCCCGCAGCUGCCACGGCUCCACCCUGCCCUGGUCCUGCAACCUCCCCGUCAACGUGGGCAACAGCGGCUGCCUCUGUGAGGGCUCCUUCAACGGCAACGAGAAGGAGACCAUGCAGUUCCUGAACGGCCGGCUGGCCAGCUACCUGGAGAAGGUGCGCCAGCUGGAGCGGGACAACGCAGAGCUGGAGAGCCGCAUCCGGGAGCAGAGCCAGCAACAAGAUCCCCUUGUGUGCUCCGACUACCAGUCCCACUUCCGGACCAUCGAGGAGCUCCAGCAGAAGAUCCUUUGCACCAAGGCAGAGAACACUAGGCUGGUAGUGCAGAUUGACAAUGCCAAGCUGGCCGCAGAUGGCUUCAGGACCAAGUAUGAGAUGGAGCUGGGCUUGCGGCAGCUGGUGGAGUCGGACAUAAAUGACCUGCGUAGGAUCCUGGAUGAGCUGACCCUGUGCAAGUCUGACCUGGAGGUCCAGGUGGAGUCCUUGAAGGAGGAGCUGCUCUGCCUCAAGAGCAACCACGAGGAGGAAGCCAACUCCCUGCGGAGACAGCUUGGAGACCGCCUUAAUGUGGAGGUGGACGCCGUCCCCACCGUGGACCUGAACAAUGUGCUCAACGAGACCAGGUCUCACUACGAGGCCCUGGUGGAGAGCAACCACAGGGACGUGCAGGAAUGGUUCACCAGGCAGACCGAGGAGCUGAACGGGCAGGUGGUGUCCAGCUUGGAGCAGCUGCAGUCCUACCAGGCGGAGAUCACUGAGCAGAGACGCACGGUCCAUGCCCUGGAGGUGGAGUUGCAGACCCAGCACAACCUGAGAGACUCUCUGGAGAACACCCUGACGGAGAUGGAGGCCCGCUACAGCGCCCAGCUGGCCCAGGUGCAGUGCCUGAUCAGCAACGUGGAGUCCCAGCUGGCGGAGAUCAGGAGGGACCUGGAGCGGCAGAACCAGGAGUACCGGGUGCUGCUGGAUGUCCGGGCCCGGCUGGAGUGUGAGAUCAACACGUACCGGGGGCUGCUGGAGAGCGAGGACUGCAAGCUGCCCUGCAACCCCUGCGCCACGACCAAUGCAUGUGGUAAGACCAUCAUGCCCUGCGACUCCAGUGCCUGCACCCCCUGCGCUCCUGCUGCCCGCUUCUCGCCCUGUGUCCCCCGCCCACACUGCGGGCCCUGCAACUCCUACACGUGCUAGAGUCCAGUGGUUGCCAGAGGAGCAAGGAGGCAGGGCCCAGUGUUCCAGAGCUUUGACCGGGCCCUGGUUCAUUCCACCAAAUGGGCCAGAAAACACAAUUGCAUGGCUGGAGCUGCCCCAGGGAGGUGGUCAAGAAACUCACCCAACCUACUCCAGAUAAUUCCCUGCCUACCCUUUCCUUCGUUGGAGACCGUUUCUUCUUAGCUAGCCCAGAGAACCCUCCCACGUGCCAGCAGCCUUCCCUUGUGACCUCUUAAUAAACUUGAUUUCCUUGGCAAAGCA